UAUUCGAAAAAGUAGGCGUCGGUCAGAUUUAUUUGAGGAGCGUCAGUCAUUGUGUCUGGUUUACGUAGCGGCUCAAAUUGUGAAACUUGAAAAAGUUUUUCGUAUCUAGACUAUUUCCUUAAAAGAAAGCUAAACUAACUCAUUAAGAACAUGUGUGACGAAGAAGUUGCCGCUUUGGUUGUCGAUAAUGGUUCCGGUAUGUGCAAAGCCGGCUUUGCCGGCGAUGACGCACCACGCGCAGUCUUCCCAUCAAUUGUGGGCCGACCACGUCACCAAGGCGUAAUGGUUGGUAUGGGGCAGAAGGACUCGUAUGUGGGCGACGAGGCUCAGAGCAAGCGUGGUAUCCUUACACUAAAGUAUCCCAUUGAGCACGGAAUUGUAACCAAUUGGGACGAUAUGGAGAAAAUUUGGCACCACACUUUUUAUAACGAGCUGCGUGUCGCCCCAGAGGAGCAUCCUGUCCUGCUCACCGAAGCUCCUUUAAAUCCCAAGGCCAACCGCGAGAAAAUGACUCAGAUCAUGUUCGAGACCUUCAACACCCCGGCCAUGUAUGUCGCCAUCCAGGCCGUACUCUCGCUAUAUGCUUCUGGUCGUACCACUGGCAUUGUCCUCGACUCUGGAGACGGUGUCUCGCACACCGUCCCCAUAUAUGAGGGUUAUGCAUUGCCACAUGCCAUUUUACGUCUGGACCUGGCCGGUCGGGACUUGACCGACUACUUGAUGAAGAUCCUUACCGAACGUGGCUACUCGUUUACCACCACUGCCGAGCGUGAAAUUGUGCGCGACAUUAAGGAGAAAUUGUGCUAUGUCGCCCUGGACUUUGAGCAGGAAAUGGCAACUGCAGCUUCCAGCUCCUCGCUCGAGAAGUCCUAUGAGUUGCCCGAUGGACAGGUCAUCACCAUUGGCAACGAGCGGUUCCGUUGUCCCGAGUCCCUGUUCCAGCCCUCGUUCUUGGGCAUGGAGGCCUGCGGCAUACAUGAGACCACUUACAACUCGAUUAUGAAGUGCGAUGUCGAUAUUCGCAAGGACUUGUAUGCCAACACAGUGUUGUCGGGCGGUACCACCAUGUAUCCAGGCAUUGCUGACCGCAUGCAGAAAGAGAUUACUGCCCUGGCUCCGUCCACCAUGAAGAUCAAGAUUGUCGCUCCGCCCGAGCGCAAAUACUCUGUCUGGAUCGGUGGCUCUAUUCUGGCCUCGUUGUCCACAUUCCAGCAAAUGUGGAUCUCCAAGCAGGAGUACGAUGAGUCUGGACCCUCAAUUGUUCACCGCAAAUGCUUCUAAACGGCUUCGGCUGGUUGUGGGCGUAGCCGCUUUGCGUCUCGCAUCGAUGUCAUCAAUAGUUUUGUUCGAUUUUCAUAUAAGGAUAGUGUAUUGGUAUAAACGUGUAGGACGAGCACCAAAAAAAAGAAGAAAAACUAUUGCAGGCAUAGAUGUAAUUGCGCGCAGGGACAACAGAGGGACUUCUUCGGCGGAAAACAACGCUCACGCUCCCCAAAAAAACAACAAAGAUAUUUUACACCCUAUAAAGUACUUUUAUAAACACUUAUAAUACAUACAUAUACAUGAAUACAUCAUUCCAUUUUCAUACACUUAAGCAAACCAAUUUUGUGUUCCUUCGAAAUUCACGAGUUCUACGCACAAUUUGGCGUUAUUUAAAGUUCAUCCAUCUUUCGGUUUAAGCAUAAACUUUAAAGCAUUCCUACUACAUACAUAUGUAUUACACAUACCAUACAUUAAAAAAAAAUAAUUUGUAAACGCUUAUUAAACCAAUAAACAAAGCGACGAACUGAAACAUC